UCUGAGGUCAACACAGCUUUAGCUGGUCCUGAAUCUUUUUCAAGUAGCUGCCUUUGGUGAAUUAUUGUAUUCAGACUGUACUUCUAUCCAAAUACAAAAGGCUUCAUUGACUUCUUCAGGCUGAUAGUCAUGACUAAAGCAUACACUUGGCUGUUCCUCAUCUUACUGCUGGCUGCAAUUGAGAAUAACGAAGGGUGCUACUGUGACCAUUAUCCCUGGACUGCCUGGUCUGGCUGUUCAAGGACCUGUAAUUAUGGGACUCAGAAUAGACACAGGCAAAUUGAAGUGGAUGAUUAUUACCGAAAAAACUUCUGUGCACAAAUUUGUACGACCCAGGAAUCUAGAGCCUGUAACCAGCAGACGUGUCCAAUCAACUGCCGGCUUGGAGACUUUGGUCCCUGGUCAGAAUGUGAUCCAUGUGUUAAAAAACAAUUUCGUACCAGAUCCUUUACCCAACUAGCUCAGUUUAAAGGUCAGCCAUGCAAUGAACCUUUGGUGGAGUCACGACCGUGUUUUCCCACAAAACUUUGCAACAUGGAGGAAACAAACUGUGGCAACAAAUUCCAUUGCGAAAAUGGUCGCUGCAUUAGCCAGAAGUUAAAAUGCAAUGGAGAAAAUGAUUGUGAGGAUAAUUCAGAUGAAAGGAACUGUCCACGUGUGCGACCCGUGUGUGCUAGAAAACAUGAGAGCAUUCCUGGUGUGGGCCUAAUGGGCCACGGAUAUCAUAUUUUGGCAGGAACGCAUCGAGGUGAAGUUCUCCAUAAUUCUUUUAAUGGAGGCACCUGCAGACUUGUGAAGACCAGUGACUUGAGGAAAACAUAUCGUCUUCCUGCAAACUUAGAAUCUGUUUUCUUCCAGGUAGUGAAUGAAGAAGAUGAGGUGGUUUCAGAAUAUUACAAUGAUUUAAUUCCCUUUGAAAGCCAUACUUCUCAGAGUAGCUCUUUCUCUGGCUCCGGCCAAAGCCGAUCUGGAAUCCCAUUCCUGUUCUCCAAGAAGACAAAAGUUCACAUCACAUCCUCUUCCUCCUUCAAGGAAGCAAUACAAGCUUCAAAGAAAAAGGAGUCCAACUUUAUUAGGAUCCAUAAAGUCAUAGCGGUAUCCAACUUCACAAUGAAGGAAUCAGAUUUGCAGCCUUCUAAGGUGUUCUUAGAGGCGCUUAAUAGCUUGCCCCUGGAGUACAACUAUCCCCUUUACAGCCGGAUAUUUGACGAUUUUGGCACACAUUACUAUUCCUCUGGGUCACUGGGAGGCAGAUAUGAUCUCCUUUAUCAGUACAGCACUGAAGAGCUGAGAAAUUCAGGUUUAACACAAGCAGAAUCACAAGAGUGCAUCCGGACAGAAACAACCAGGCGUAUCUUCGGUUUUAAAAGGAGGAAAGUGAGAACAAGCUGUACGAGCAACAGAAUGUCUGCCCGCCAUGAAGGUUCAUUUCUGCAAUCCUCAGAGAAGUCCGUAUCCUUCAUCAAAGGUGGAAGAUCCCAGUUUGCUGCAGCUCUUGCCUGGGAAAGGAAAGGAGCUUUUCCUGAGCACACCAUCUUUACCAAUUGGCUGGAAUCGAUGAAGGACAAUCCAACCGUGAUUGACUUUGAGCUAACUUCCAUUCUGGAGCUGGUGAAGAACAUCCCCUGUGCAGCAACCAAGCGAAGCAAUCUCAGAAAAGCUCUUUCUCAGUAUGCAGCACAGUUUGACCCAUGCCAAUGUGCUCCCUGCCCCAACAAUGGCAAGGCAGUGCUGUCUGGAACAGAGUGCUUGUGUGUGUGCCGGGCUGGGACUUAUGGUGAUAACUGUGAAAUACGGGCACCAGGUUAUCAUUCAGUUGCGGUUGAUGGUAACUGGAAUUGCUGGGGUUCAUGGAGUCCCUGUGAUGGUUCCCAUAAGAGGCGGAGAAGCCGCACCUGUAACAACCCCUCCCCUCAAAAUGGAGGGAAGCCAUGUGAAGAUGAACAAGAGGAAGAGGAAGCAUGCUAUUUUUCCAUAUUUGUUGACAGGGGAGCUAUAUGUGUAAAUGAUGAUGAAGCAACAAGGGAGGGGGACAUUGCAGUUGAGAGACCUGAAUCCGGAUGUCUCAAACCAGAUCCACCAGAACAUGGAUUUAUCAGGAAUGAGAAGAACCAUUAUGAUGUUGGGGAAAAUGCUGAAAUUGUGUGCUUCAGUGGAUACACUCUUACUGGAUAUCCGUUCUUUCACUGCCAGCCUGAUCAAACUUGGUUGCAACGUUCUGUCGAAUGCCAACUAUCUGCAUGUCGCAGACCAGCAGUCUCAGAUAUUGUCACCAUUUUCCCUUUUAAAAGUGAAUAUAACAUUGGGGAAACAAUCCGCCUAAGUUGUGCACCAACCUUUAGUUUAACUGGCCAUUCGGAGUACACCUGUGUAAGUGGCCCAUCCUGGCGUCCUGCUUUAGUGAGACUGCUUACUUGUGAGAAAGAUGAUUCUCUACGUUCUCAAAGCAAUUGCAAACCAGGAGAAACGCAAGUUGACUCCCAAUGUGUGUGUAUGAACCCUAUAGAAGACUGCAGACACUAUUCUGAAGAUGUCUGUGUCCUGGAUGCCACAUCCGAAGAAGCACUUACAAAGCCCAGCUGUCCAUAUUUGGCUGAAAAAUGCCUGGAUCAGCAUUCCUUCCAUUUCUUGCAUUCUGGCCCCUGCAGGAGUGAAACCGAUGUGAGUUGGGCUAAGGAAAGGUUCAGAAUGGCCACGGACAGCAUAAAGAGAGAACUUUGUGGCUAUGAUACAUGUUACGACUGGGAGCAGUGCUCAGAGUCACAUGGUAAAUGUGUCUGCUUGCUGCCUAACCAGUGCCCGCGUGGUGGGGAGCCCAUUUCCUGCGUCCAAAUAAGGACAAGAAAGAUAACAGCAAACCUCUGCAUGCUGGGAGCAUUGAAGUGCUCCAAUACAGACAUUGUAAUUUUACAUGAAGGGAGCUGUCCAAACUAAAAGAUGUCAGUUUUUCAUUCCUGGAUAUCAAUAGCAUGAAUGGCUGUUCGUUUGUUUUUUUGCAUUGGCCUUCCCAGAUUGCUUUAAUUCCAGCAUCCGAGCAUCUCGUUCCAGCCUCUCUUAUUCAUGUCAUCACCACACAUCUGAAGUUCACGACAAUUUCUCUUUUCUCCAAUUGAGUAACUGAGCAUGGAUGAAGUGCACUGCAUACAAAAAGUUAGCAGAGCUUUGAUUCCACUGUCACGGCCGCCUUCUUGGCUCCUUUCAUGGGAUGGAAUUCAGUUUCGAAUCGCAAACGUCAGGAAUAAGUGUCCGGUGUCCCUUCCAAUAAUAUGAACUCUCUAAGAUAGUUAUCCCUAAAUAGCAGCGUGCCUUUGACAUGGUGGCUGCUUCUUCUCUCCAUUCUGACAAGCAUUUUUGCACUGCUUUAAAAGUCUUCCUUACCUCUUGAGCCAGUCAGAAAUUCAAAUGCAUUUUUUAAAAAAGCAACAGGCAUUUUUCUCUGCUUCCCUCCUGGUUUUGCCCUCACCCCACCUGUUCUGUGACCAGAAAGCCAAACAGAUCAAAAACAAACAGUUCUUUUAGAUCAGCUACAGUGAGACAGUGGCAUCUGGAUGUCAUCUGCAUUCCAAGAAUAGAAUAGAAUAGAAUAGAAUAGAAUAGAAUAGAAUAGAAUAGAAUAGAAUUUUUUAUUGGCCAAAUGUGAUUGGACACACAAGGAAUUUUUCUUACUGCAUAUGCUCUCGGUGUACAUAAAAGAAAAGAUACGUUCAUCAAGAAUCAUAAGGUACAACACUUAAUGAUAGUCAUAGGAUACAAAUAAGCAAUCAGGAAACAAUAUCAGUAAAAAUCGUAAGGAUACAAGCAACAAAGUUACAGUCAUACAGUCUUAAGUGGAAGGAGAUGGGUGGUGGGAACGAUGAGAAGAUUAAUAGUAGUGCAGACUUAGUGAAUAGUUUGACAGUGUUGAGGGAAUUAUUUGUUUAGCAGAGUGAUGGCAUUUGGGAAAAUAUUGUCCUUGUGCCUAGUUGUUCUGGUGUGCAGUGGUCUACAGCAUCAUUUUGAGUUGAAACAAUUUAUGUCCAGGAUGUGAGGGGUCUGUAAAUAUUUUCACAGCUCUCUUUUUGACUCGUGCAAUAUACAGGUCUUCAAUGGAAGGCAGGUUGGUAACAAUUGUUUUUUCUGCAGUUCUAAUUAUCCUCUGAAGUCUGUGUCUGUCUUGUUAGGUUGCAGAACCAAACCAGACAGUUAUAGAGGUACAGAUGACAGACUCAAUAAUUCCUCUGUAGAAUUCAAUCCUUUCUAUCUACCACUUUCAUUUUAAAAAAUCUGAAAGCAGAGGUGGAAAGCCCUUGACAAGUCAACAACCACUGAUCUAAAAUAGAUUUCCCAACUAUGGGUCUUCCAGAUGUAUAGAAAAAGCAAGUCCCAGAAUUCCUUACCAACUCCAAUAUCAAUACAGAUACUAUUAAGCUAGAUAGUCCAAUGCCAUGGCUGCUAAUUUAUCUUCCUUACCAAGAUACUUCUUUAGUUAGUUGUAGUACUGAUGUUCCUGCUAACUGAAAGCGUUCUCUGACUUGAAUUAGCCUAAUGUCUAAUUUGAGGGAAGUCCUUAAAUAUCAUGUUGGGAAAUAAUAUUUUAAUAAGACACAAAUCUACUCUGAAAUCACUGAGCUCAGUGAAAUUUAUUCUCUGCUAAGCACAUACACAAUUGCAACCAAACUCUGUUUUCAAAAAAAGAUUAUUAACAGUUGUUUUUUAACUCCUAUACAAUGUACAGGACAAUCUGUAGACUUUAUUCUGAACAAAAAAAAAUUAUCGGCUCUAUAAUAAUUGCUCAGCAUUAAUCCACUGUAACCUUGGAACUGGCCUGUCUUAAAUUUCCCAACUUUCUAUUCUGUUAACACUUAACCAAUACAAAUAAAUGAUUGCUGCAUGCA